GGGGGCUUUAGGACCCCGGUGUGCCAGGGCUGUUGUGCACGUGCAGCUCCUCGGAGGGCGCGCGCACGUCACGACACUCAAUCUCAGUCAGAUGCAGGGGCGCCAGGCGGACCUCUCGACAUCCACUGCUAGGAGCAGGGUUAAAUUGACCCUGGUCUGCCACCUGGUGUGGAGGGCUGUAGCGCAGUGAGGAGGCCUUUCUGGGUGAGGGUAGCAUGAUGAGCGGGAAGAGCCUGCUGCUGAAGGUGAUCCUGCUGGGGGACGGUGGAGUGGGCAAGUCCUCCUUGAUGAACCGCUAUGUCACAGACCGCUUCGACUCCCAGUCCUUUCACACCAUUGGUGUGGAGUUCCUCAACCGGGACCUGGAGGUGGACGGGCGCCUGGUCACUCUUCAGAUCUGGGACACGGCAGGUCAGGAGCGCUUCAAGUCCCUCCGCACGCCCUUCUACCGAGGCGCAGACUGCUGUCUGCUCACAUUUGCUGUGAACGACCUGCAGAGCUUCCAGAACCUUGGCUGCUGGAAGAAGGAGUUCAUGUACUACUCGGACGUGAAGGACCCUGAGCGGUUCCCUUUUGUGGUGCUUGGCAAUAAGAUAGACAUGGAGCAGAGGGAGGUGGGGGAGGAGGAAGCACGGGCCUGGUGUGAAGAGAACGGCUGCUGUCCUUACUUUGAAACCAGUGCUAAGGAUGACACUAAUGUCACAGCUGCAUUUGAGGCAGCUGUCAGAGAGGUUCUGGCUGCUGAGGACCAGAUUGACCAUGCACUACUAAGUAGUACUAUCGAUCUCCAUGGCAACCGGAAAACCUCUCGUGGGUCUUGCUGCUGAUUGGUCAGGUGUGAAUCCACCUUGUCUUAAUCUCUCUGGCUGAAACUUUCCUGAGGCAGUUUUGAGAGCCAGUCAGAUCUUGUUUAUGGUACACACGCUGUAGGUAUAAGGUACUGACUACAUUAUCUCCUAUAUGGAUAAGAUACAGCUGCUCUGAGGAGGGCAGUUUCAAGGAUUCAGAUGGUGUCUAGAUUGUUGAAUUAUUGCUAUAACCAAGGUACAGGCACACUCAUCCUUUGUAUUCUGUCUGCUUUCAGUAGUGUUGCACAAAAAACAUUUUUACCCAGCUUAAGCUUUGUCUGCCUAUCCGGGAGUUUUAUCAAACAGUGCUUUCAAAGCAUUUAUUUUAAUCAAAAUAACUUAAAUUUUAAUUAAUACAGUGGAAGAGAGAAUACACCAGUCUUUUAUCGAAGAACACUCUCUACCUUUGGCAAAGCGACGUACAGUUGGUCUUAAAACUGCUCAACUUUCUGUCCAUGAGCUGAUUUUCCAGGGUUUUAGAAGGACUGAGUACAACAUUGCCUUCUCUUUUUAUCAGAUAUGUCAGCAGUUGCUGGAGAGCUAAUGUAUUUUCUGUGUCUGUCAGCGUUCCCAAUCCAUGCAGAUAUUGUGAUUGAGGACUCCCGACAUCAGUAUGAUGACCAAUAUGAUUCAAGGUACGAGGAAGUUAAAUGAUUGCUGCACUCAAAAGGAAGAUGACCCUGUUUGUCUUCAAUGGAAAGGGAAUUAUGAGCUUUAAUUUUGCAGCUCUGACUAUAAACCUUGGGUGUGGGCUAUUGUGGUGCUCUUAUUCAUUUGAUUAUUAGAUCUAUUACCAUUGCACUACUGUGUAGCCGGAGGUAUCAGGUGUACGAGCCAGGCAUUAUCAGAUCAUAUUUAUUUCCCACGAUUUAUGCAUAUGGGCAUGUUUACUAUGUAGGGUUCAGGGUUUCUCAGAGUUCAGAAAUAAUACUGCUGUUCUUGAUAAACUGCUGCUUACUUUUCUGAGAAGCACAUUCCCUUCCUUCGAUCUUUUUUUUUUUUUUCUU